AUGGCUACACAAUACUUCAAGGACAACAAGGGGCACCCGAAACCUAUAGGUGGACCUGUACGGCGACGACGGGUCCUGCUAUGUGGCGUACUCGCCUUAGGACUACUAUUCUUCUUCUUCGUGCCCUGGGAGUUGCCACCCUCGCUGAAAGACGCUGGUCUCCCGGGGAUCUCGCGUGCUAACGUCGCGCAGCUGAUGAAGACGAAAGGGAAGAAGGUGGAGGUCGGGGAGAUAUAUGGUCUGCUCCAUCUCGUGACGGGCGACCAUGAGCAGGAGCACGUCCUGAGCAACGCUCUGCAGCUUGACCCAACAGUGCCUAUUGAACUGUCGGUUUACGCUGCUGGGGAUGCGGUAGAUUGGGCGCAGGAGCAGGCACUUAUUGACAAGGAAUACCCCGUCAUUGUGUUCAGCAAGACCUACUGCCCUUACUCCAAGCGCGCCAAAGAACUGCUUGCGGCAUACGAUAUACAGCCUCCUCCGAAGAUAGUUGAGGUCGACAUUCGAGACGACGGCAACGUAAUCAAGCAUCUUCUGACCCGGCUCACCAAGCACUCCACCUUCCCGAACGUCCUCCUUCGCGGCCACUCCAUUGGAGGCUCAGAUAACCUGCAGCAACUCCAUGAGAAUAAGACACUUACGAAAUUGCUAGAAGAGGCUGGAGCGACUCCUCGAGCCAGCGGACCGAAGUAA